CCUUGAGGCCCCGCCUCCACCGUGCGCGCCGGCGCGGGGCGUGUCCGCGGUUUGAAUCGCGGCGGUGGCGGGGAUGGCGGACCGGCUGCCGCCCCUCCGCGGGCUCCCGGAGCAAAACACCGGCAUCUUCCUGCUCGUGGGUUCAGAUGAGGACAUGCAGCAGAAGCUGGCGGAGACGAUCCUCCAGGCGAAGAAGAGCUUCACUAUCAGGAUACACCUUGCUACAUCCCUCCCUUUACCUUCAGACAGCGAUCGCCUUCCGCCCAAGAUAGAUCUGAUUGUGUUUAUGAUUGACAUCAAGAACAAAUACAGCUUGAAGAAAGUUGAAGAUUCCCUAGCUUAUGUGGAUCCCAGCUACUUCUUGGGGAAAGUGUGCUUUCUUGUCACUGGGGUUGGCAGAGUGAAUUGCUGCAGCAUAGAGAUGAACGCUGUCUGGAGACUGGGAGAAGUCUACUGCAGUCCCAUGCUGUUCUGUGAGCUGGAGUUGGAAGCAGUAAGAGUUUCCACUGCUCAGCGACUUGUCCGGAUGUUACAGAUCUGUGCUGGUCACAUACCAGGAGUUUCUGCCUUGUCCUUUAGCUCUUUGAUGUGGAACUCUGCUGAUGUCUAACUUCUCAUUGUGAGAAUUCAGCCACAUUCAUCAGUUUUUUCACUUCAGGCAUUGAAGCUGCUGCAGUUGGAAUCACAUUGGAAAGUUUAUUUGCCUGACUUGUCACGACCGCUCCUCCGGAGCUGUUCAUAGUUGCUUAUCUCUCAAGAAAAGCUUAAUUCAUGUUCUGUGGAUAACGUAUAGGUGCUGGGGUGCUUUGCUGGUGGCCAGGAGCUAUGUGUUUUACUGAAAGAAUAUCAGAAGAGCAAGCCACUAUCCCAAAUACUGCACGUCACAGUUGAAUAUCUUACUUUCAGUGACCCUGAAGUACAGAGAAGAGGCAGCAGGUUUCUGCUUCCUUGCAGCUGAAACAUCGCACCUUGGACUAAUGUGAAACCUCACUGCCAGGUUUUGUCUCGCCAUCAAGAGAAUAAUGGGGAAGGAAGGCUGGUUGUCCUGCGGCUUCUAGGUAGGCUGCAACUGACAGCUGAUGAUCCAGCUGUGUGAGCAUCUGCCUGGUGAAGGGCUCAGUAUUUCCAUGCCUGAUACCUCCCUGGGGAGGAAGGAACUAAAGAAGAUUAUCUAGCACUUUACCUUUUGUUUAGAUCUUUACAGAAAAAGGCUGCAUCUGUCAAACUCAAGAUAACAAGCAACCCUAUUCUAUCAAGCCCAAGAUAACCCUAGCAACCCAGCCUCCAGGCUGACCAGAGAUUAAGUACAGCAGACUGGACUACAGCAACAUCCUGAAAACCUGUUGUCUCUUGCAAGUUGAGUGUAUGUUGUGUAGAAUCCCUUAACAGGUUCUUUUCAGCAGUAAUUAGUGCCUUGUUCUAACUGCAAGUUGAUAGUGUGUUUUGGUGUUCUAAGUUAAUAAAAUGUAUACUAUCUAACAA